UUGCCAUUCACCUCCUAGAGUGUAAAUUCUAGUGUGUAAAUUAAACAACGUCGCUCUGCCAUUCAUCGGAGACACUUGCAGUAUUCGAUCAUCAGAGCUCUCUUUGUUGGAUCUAUCCAUCGAUCCAUAAAAGGGGAAGAUGGAAUUAGAAGGAAGGGAAAAUGACACAGUGGUAACUCAAGUCAGCUUUGGUGGAUUUGGAAGUCAUGUUAAAGCAAAAGAUCUUGUAGACUACUUGGAAGAUGAAAUUGGGCUUGUAUAUAGGUGUCGGUUGAAAACUUCUUGGACCCCUCCAGAGUCUCUUCCGAGCUUUGAGCUCGUUGAUACUGCAGAUAUUGAAACAACAGAUGAAUAUAAAAAGGUUGAGCCACAUGCAUUUGUGCAUUUUGCUUCGCCCGAGUCAGUGACUGCUGCUAUGGAUGCUGUUGGGCGCUGUCAACUCUUUCUCAAGAACCAAGCACUGAAAGUAAGUUUGGGCCCUGAGAAUUCAUACAACAUGAACAAGAGGAGGAGGACUAAAAUUCCAUUCAAGUUAGCUGAUGUGCGUCUUGAGAUUGGAAGUUUAGUUCGCCUAGAUGAGUUCUUUGUUGCUUGGAGGGGGCCAUCUUAUGGGGUUGAUUUUGUUGUGGAUCCUUUUGAUGGGACAUGCAAAUUUUGUUUUAGAAGAGAUACUGCCUUUUCAUUUAAAGGGAUCAAUAAGUAUGCUGUGAUAAAAUGCGAUUUUAAGGUGGAGUUCCUGGUAAGAGAAAUCAGUGAAUUUAAACACUAUACAGAGCCUUCAUAUCUUGUAAUUCUGUUGAGGCUGGCUUCAUCACCUUGGGUUUCAUAUCGAACUGCCGAUGAUGAUAUUGAUCAAUCAGUUCCAUUUGAUUUGUUGGAUGACGAUGAUCCUUGGAUUAGAACCACAGAUUUUACUCCUAGUGGGGCAAUCGGGCGUUGUAAUUCUUACAGAGUUUCAAUCCCACCGCGGCAUGGUGCUAAGCUGAAGAAGGCCAUGAGUUAUCUUAAAGAACGCAGGGUGCAAGAGGUUUCGAUCAAAAAGCCACCUAGGAUUCAGAAUGAACCUGAUUUUGAAAUGCCCAUGUCAGAUCCUUUCUUCUCUAUUCAUUACAAGGAAAAUAUUUCCUUUGAGAUAUUGUUCUUGGUCAAUGCUGUAAUGCACAGGGGCAUUUUAAAUCAGCACCAGUUGUCAGACGGCUUUUUUGAUUUACUGAGAAACCAACCAAAGGAGAUCAAUGUGGCUGCAUUGAAGCACUUAUGUUCAUACAAACACCCGGUUUUUGAUGCCUCUAAAAGGCUGAAACUUGUCCAAGAAUGGUUGCUGAGAAACCCCAAGCUUAUCAAGAAUCCCAAACAUUUGGAUGAUAUUGCUGAAGUUAGGAGGUUGGUGAUUACCCCAACUAAAGCCUAUUGUCUUCCACCAGAGGUUGAACUAUCCAACAGGGUUCUUAGAAAAUAUAAAGAAGUUGCUGAUAGGUUUUUAAGGGUUACCUUUAUGGAUGAAGGAAUGCAGACAAUAAAUUCCAAUGUUAUGAAUUCUUAUGUUGCUCCUAUUGUGAAGGAAAUCACAGAAAACACCAUCCCUCAGAAAACAAAAGUGUAUGCAAGGGUUCGGGCCAUUCUGAUGAAGGGAUUUCAAUUAUGUGGUCGUAAGUACUCGUUCUUGGCCUUCUCAUCCAAUCAACUGAGGGACCGUUCUGCCUGGUUUUUCGCUGAAGACAAGAAGAUUAGUAUACAAGGAAUCAAAAAUUGGAUGGGGAAGUUCCACAACAGAAACGUUGCAAAAUGUGCUGCUAGGAUGGGUCAGUGUUUUUCGUCUACAUAUGCAACGGUAGAAGUUCCAUCAGCCCAGGUUAAUCCUAAACUUCCAGAUAUUGAGAGAAAUGACUAUAUCUUUUCUGAUGGUAUUGGUAGGAUCACCCCAGACCUUGCAAUGGAAGUUGCAGAAAGACUGAAAUUGGACAGAGAUCCACCUUGUGCAUAUCAAAUUAGAUACGGAGGCUGUAAAGGGGUUAUUGCUUGUUGGCCACCGACAGGUGAUGGCUUCCGGCUUUCUUUGAGGCCUAGUAUGAACAAGUUUGAGUCGGACCAUACUAUAUUGGAAAUAUGUUCAUGGACUAGGUUCCAGCCAGGUUUCUUAAACAGGCAGAUUAUAACAUUGCUUUCAGCACUUGGUGUUCCAGAUGAAAUAUUCUGGACAAUGCAGGAGACAAUGGUUUCCAAAUUAAAGCAGAUGCUGGUGGACACAGAUGUGGCGUUUGAUGUUCUCACUGCAUCCUGUGCUGAGCAAGGAAAUGCUGCAGCUAUAAUGUUAAGUGCAGGUUUCAAGCCCCAGACAGAACCACAUCUGAGAGGCAUGUUGACCUGUAUACAAGCCGCACAGCUCUGGGGACUUAGGGAAAAGGCCAGGAUUUUUGUUCCUUCUGGGAGAUGGCUUAUGGGCUGUCUGGAUGAGUUAGGGGUACUUGAGCAAGGCCAGUGCUUUGUCCAAGUGUCUACCCCAUCGCUGGAAAACUGUUUUGCAAAGCAUGGCUCUAGGUUUGAUCAGAUAGAUAAAAAUCUACAAGUAAUAAAAGGGUUCGUAGUGGUAGCAAAGAAUCCUUGCCUUCAUCCAGGAGAUAUAAGGAUUCUUGAAGCAGUUGAUGCACCUGGGUUACACCACUUGCAUGAUUGCCUUGUUUUCCCUCAGAAAGGUCAUAGGCCUCACACAGAUGAAGCUUCUGGUAGUGACCUAGAUGGGGACCUCUACUUUGUCACAUGGGAUGAAAAUCUUAUUCCCCCACGUAAGAAGAGCUGGGAACCUAUGCAGUAUGAAGCUGCAGAAGCCAAAGUUUCAGGGCGUCCUGUCACGAACCAGGAUUUAAUCGAGUUUUUUGUGAGAAACAUGGUGAAUGAGAACCUGGGAGCGAUAUGCAAUGCACAUGUGGUUCAUUCUGACCGCAGUGAAUAUGGAGCUUUCGAUGAGAAGUGCCUAAAACUAGCAGAAUUAGCAGCCAUAGCAGUUGAUUUUCCCAAAACUGGGAAGAUUGUUAACAUGCCACCACCCCUAAAGCCAAAGCUAUACCCAGAUUUCAUGGGAAAAGAGGACUACCAGUCGUACAAGUCUACUAAAAUUUUAGGGAGACUCUAUCGCAAGAUUUGCGAUGCUUAUGAUGAAGAUGUGGCAACCUCUUCUGAGCAAAAUCACAAUCCCAGUGACAUCAAAUAUGAUAUGGAUCUGGAGGUUUCAAAAGCUGCAGAUUUCAUAGCUGAUGCUUGGGAGAGAAAGUGCUCUUAUGAUGAUCAGCUACAGGGUCUAAUGGCACAGUAUAAAGUUAUGAGGGAAGAGGAGAUUGUCACAGGGCAUGUUUGGUCAAUGCCCAAGUAUACCAGCAGGAAGCAAGGGGAGCUGCAGGAGCGGUUGAGGCAUUCUUACAGUGCUCUGAAGAAAGAGUUCAGGCAAUUUUUCGAGAAGAUGGAUACGGGUUUUGAGUCACUGACUGAUGAUCAGAAAAAUAGCUUGUAUGAGCAGAAAGCCUCAGCUUGGUACCAGGUGACUUACCACCCUGAUUGGGUGAAAAGGUCACUCGAUUUUCAAAGGCCAGAUGGCCCAGGAGAUGUAGUGAUGUUAAGCUUUGCCUGGAUUGCAGCUGACUACCUUGCUCGGAUCAAGAUCAAGCGCCGUGAAGUGGGUAAUAUUGACUCUAAGAAGCCAAUCAAUGCUUUGACGAAGUACCUUGCUGAUCGGAUAUGACCAGCACCUGAAGUCCUUGGGAGUCGCUUCCUGGUUCUCAUAAACUUCAUGGUGGCAAGGCCAUUCUGCCAUUUAUUUGGUCUGCUUUUGUGUUAGUUUUCUGCGUACAUUUUCCUUCUGAAAUGGGACAAUUAAUUUUCUUAUAAUGUAUAAGGUUGAUGUACCAGACAAUAAACUACUUCUUACUUUUUAGCUAAUUUAUUAUACAUACAUCUAAGGACGGGUUGGUGUUCAUAACAUACUGUUCAUAGGCUGGAAGUGAAGUGGCUGUUUUGCCCUUCGUUUUCUCUGAUUUACGGGGUGCCAUCCAUCGUAUAGUCAGGUCAGAUGUGUGUAGAUUUCAUUCGUGGUUUCUAGAGAAAGCAUAGUCGAAACAGAGAGAGAGAGAGAGCGAAAGAGAUCCAGAGAGAGUGGUGAUUCCGUUUUGCUGUGAGGAGGAAGAAGAUCUGCGUCUUGGAUAGGGGUAUUGUUUGUGCUUCAGUUUGGGAUUUCAGUGAUUGAUAGGAGGAGAUUGAAGGUGAGAGGCUCUUUUUUUUUUUUUUGGUAAAUUGUGAAGAGUUUUUAUUCUGUAUUCAGUAUUGUCUGUCUACUUCUUCUAUUUUCAAUAAAUACUGAAGUAAAUAAAUAGCAGAGUCGAAUUCAAAGAAAGAGUAGAAGUUUGGGGAAGGAAUUUUUUUGUAUUUUUUCUCAAGUAAGUUGAAGAUGACAGAGAAGCCAAGCGACAGAGCUAUUUUCAUAUGUACAUGGGUCUUAUGAGUUUUGCUAUCAUAGAUUUAGGCAUUUAGGUGAUUAGUGCAUGGGUGGGUAUUGUGUAAGUAUGGAGGUUUAACUGUGCAAGUAAUUCAGAUAACAAAUGAUUGUUGUAGAUCUGGGUUUCCUUGGGGGAGUAAGGAUUGGAGGUUUCGAAUUGUGUGUUGUUGAUGUUAUGUUCUUUUUUUUCUUAGUUUUCUUUCUACUGGGGUUACGCAUAUGUGUGUUUCAGUGAUAAUAAUCGAAUCAGAUUUCAUCUGAUAAUUUGUUUUGAUGGUUGUGCUUCAACAUUGUAAUAUAUGUAAAAUCUCCUCUUUUCAUGAUACACCAAAGACGUAUAAUCAUGUAAAAAGCUAAUAGAAGGUCAGUAGAGAUGUGAAAAGAAGAUGACGUUACAGUUAGAAAAGUUAGUUCCAUUGUUUUUUGAUUAAUUAUUAGUGUAUUUAUUUAGUGUGAUUGUGAAUAUGAGAAGGUGAAAAGAAUGUUAUUACAGUUGUAAGACUAUCUUUUGUUGUUUUACAUUGAAAAAAUAGAAUGUUUUUUGUUUUUUUUUUAAAUAAUUGUUUUGUUUUGGUUGUGUAGGUUCUAUGCAAAGCAGUGCAUAGAACAGCAAAUAUCAGAAGAAUAUUUACAAAUGAGUUGUAGACCAAUUCUGAUAGUACCAUAAGCCAAAUUGAAGAAAAAGUUAAAAUAAUUUUCUUUUGUUUUAAGAUUAUAAGUGUGAAGGCAAUUGUAAUCAUCAUGAUCGCAAAACUCCUUAACCUUAUGUCCUGAUCACAUGAAGAUUGAGAGUAGUAAAAGACUUGAACUUGAGACUUUUGUGUGCAAAUUAUUUUGUAUUACUCUACCUAUGGCUAUAGUCGCUAUACUUUGUAGGUUCAUAUACUUCUGAGAUUCCUCUCAUUUCUCAUUACACCUCUGUUUCUGCUAAAUUUCAAGUCUCGCGGCAACGCGCGGCUUCCUUUGCUAGUAACUAUACUAAAGGGAAGGUUUUCCUUAUGAAUAGUGGCCAGUCAUUUUUGCCUUUCUAUGUUUUACGGAAUUGCAACUGUGGCACCAAGUGUAUACGCUUUCGAAACAGAGAUUGUCCCCAUAUCUGCGUGUUUCAAGGUCCAAUUUUUGAUUUUUUUUUUAAUUAUUUUUUUUCUUUGCUUUUCUGCAUUUUGUGGAUGCAUGUGAUCUUCUUUGAAACCAACCAAGCAUCAAUUCGAUCUGAAUUGGAUCCUUCUGCUGUAAAUUCAUAAUCUUUGAAUACCUGUUUCGGCUUUGGAAAGUGCUCAAGUGCAAAAUCAGAAACUGGAAAAGGAAUAUGAGGAUAGAUGAGGAGGAAGAGGAUGCCCGGGACUAAUAUGAUCUGGGAAAUAGUUGAAUUCCAGUUUUGAAGUAUUGGUUCCUGUUGAAUUGGAGAAUUGAAGAUUUGGGAGUUGGCCUGAUGGGAUUCAGUCAAACGUAAGGUGAGACUUACUCUUGAGGAGCCUGAACCUGGUCUCACCAUUGUCACCAGGCACUAUGAUCCUCCUGAUGGUUUCGUAUUUGAAAUAAAUGAUGUGUCACCUCCUAUUCAGGAUGACAAUGCCUACAAUGUUCAGAGACAAAUUAAAUACAGGAAUGAUUCAUAUGAUGAUGCCAUGAGUGGUUAUAUUGGACGUGACUCACGUGAGAGCUAUGUGGGGAGACUAAAUCUUAGAAUGAUCGCCAGUAAAAUAAGAGAGCAGUCCCAAUAGUUUAUGGCAACUAAGCUGCUUUGUGGCAAAGUCCUCUCCGUAUUUUGGAAGGCAAAUGGUCUGUCAGGGAGGGAGAUGAUCAGUCUGAAAAGGAGAAAACUUUUUUUGUUAACCCUGAAACAGAUAUGCUGCUCUUGGCAAGCAUGCCCAAAUCAUUCUCAACUUUGAGAGGGGAAAAGGCUGGGCUGAUCCUUAUAUUCAACAUCAGCGGUCAGAGAGUUUUCGACACAACAGAAUCCCACAAAGCUCGUUCGGUAAAAGAGGAAAACGAAAAUCAGGAAAGCAACGAAAGAGAAAAUGAAGUGCAAGUAGUCAAACUGUUAGAACUGUUCGAGAUAGAAUAGAGGCUAAAUACUGUUUCGUUAACUUAAUUUGAAGUUAAUGAAUGUAUAGCUGGGAACGAUAUUAAUGCUUAAAUCUAUGACACAAAAGGAUAUAAUUUAUGUUAAACCAUUUUUUGACC